GUGGGCUGGAGUGGUCCAGCUGCGGGGCCGAGGUGCAGCGAGCCACAGGGUCGAUCCAUAGCGCCAUGGCCUGCAUCCUCAAGAGGAAGCCUGUGCUUGCGGUGAGCUUCAUAGCCCUGUGCAUCUUGCUGCUAGCCAUGCGCCUUGUCAAUGAUGCGACUUUACCUUUGCUCCUGAACUGCUUUGGACAACCCAAAACCAAAUGGAUCCCUUUGUCCUACACAUUCAGGCAGCCUCCUCGAACUCACUAUGGAUACAUAAAUGUGAGGACCCAAGAGCCUUUGCAACUGAACUGUAACCAUUGUGCCGUCGUGUCAAAUUCAGGUCAGAUGGUUGGACAGAAGGUGGGGGAAGAGAUAGACCACGCGUCCUGCAUCUGGAGAAUGAACAACGCCCCCACCAAGGGUUUUGAGGAAGACGUUGGCUACAUGACGAUGGUCCGAGUUGUGUCACAUACCAGUGUCCCUCUCUUGUUGAAAAAUCCAGACUAUUUUUUCAAGGAAGCAAGCACAACCAUUUACGUCAUUUGGGGCCCUUUCCGCAACAUGCGGAAGGAUGGUAACGGCAUCGUGUACAACAUGCUGAAGAAGACAGUCGAUGCCUAUCCUAACGCGCAGAUCUACGUCACCACAGAUCAGCGGAUGACUCACUGCGAUAGAGUGUUUAAGGAUGAGACUGGGAAGGACAGAGUCCAGUCUGGCUCCUAUCUCAGCACCGGGUGGUUUACCUUCAUCCUGGCCAUGGAUGCCUGUUACAGUAUCCACGUCUACGGGAUGAUAAAUGAGACCUACUGCAAGACAGAGGGGUAUAGAAAAGUCCCCUAUCAUUACUAUGAACAAGGCAAGGAUGAGUGUAAUGAGUAUCUUCUCCACGAACACGCCCCGUACGGGGGACACAGAUUCAUCACCGAGAAGAAAGUAUUUGCCAAGUGGGCCAAGAAUCACAGAAUAGUAUUUACACACCCAAACUGGACGCUGUCCUGAGGCUGUGCUUUCCACCAUGACACUGCAGCUGUGCUGAAGAGGGGCUGAUGAUGGUGACGGUGUGGGCAGGGAUGCUCACGGUGACCAUGGUCCUGGACAUUCUCUGGUGUGGACACUGACUCUGUUAGUAAUUUGAACUUUUGCAUUCUGUGGGAGGGGUCAUGUUCAUUCUGAUCUUUCUGGUGGUUCGGCCCUACGAAUUGCACUUUAAAACUUACCUACAAUUGAAAUGAAGGCCAGCAACCCGACGGCUGUGACUAAAGACAACACGAAGAUUACCAUUCAAGAUAGCUGCUUGGAAGUCUUCAAUGGAGGCUUCCGGAAGUGACCAUACAGCCUGCUCAGGCAAGGUUACUGAGUGCACGGGCUGCUCCCCAUCUUGGAAAAUGGUGGACUGGCAAACACUGUCCCAAGUAAUUCUAUCAGGGUAUAGAUGUCUUGCCACAGUUACCAGUCAGCCUGAUAGAUGAGAGGUCUCUCUUUCUGAUAUGCCAUCUUCCAAAUGUCUCUCAGCGAAAGCCUCAGGCCACCUACCUAAAUGUAGCAAUGAAGGCAUUCUGUAAUUCCUGCAUAUCAGGAUUACUGAACUAUCUCAGAGACUUAAUUCAAAAUGUAUCAAGUAGAAAAUAUUGACAAAUUUUCACUCAGAUAGCUGUGCUCUCACUACUCAAAACAAUGUAACUAAACAUAUUAUUACAAUUACCUACAUAAAUGUUUAGUUAUUCUUGGUUGAGUACUAAAUAUUAAUGUUAGCUAUACUUCAACACUGUAAUAACACAUACUGUGAAAGCAUUUCUUGAACAUAACCAAAGGGUUCCUCACUCUGCUUCAACACUCAGUACCAACAAAUGAGAUGCUUUUUGAAAUCAUAAAACAGGGAAAGCAAGACAUAUUUUUGCAUCAAUUUGUAUCCAAUCAUAUUCAUAAUAUAUAUUUUUAAAUUCAAAUUUCUAUUUUAUAAGCUGAAGGUGUAUCUCUCCAUAUACAUUAUCAAUGCCAAGUGCCAAACGUUAGACAUGGAACAUUCUUCAUAUCAUCAAACCCAGCCCGAGCUUUUGCCUUCAUGGGGUUGAUCGUCCCUUAGGUUAUCAGAUGUUCUGCUAGAAUGGUAAAUUGGUGAUGAGCUUGAUUCCCAAAGUGCUUUGCUCUGCUUCACACAUGCUUCACAUAUGCCAUGUACCAUGUGACACCCAUGGCCACCUCACUAGACUACUGCCUGUACACUCUGCCGUCCCCAGCAGCCGAUCCGCAUUGUCAGCUGUGUUCAUGUGUUCCAGAUUGCUCGACUUCAGAAUAUAUGUAUAGCAUAGCACUUGUGUAAAUUAGUAAAUGAUUGAGUUCUCUGCCAAAUACAGCAUAGCAUGUCGAGAUUAAGCAAGAUGACCACAAGGAUGGCUGUGUCAUAGAUCAGUACCCUAUAAGCUUAGUACUUUUGAUGUUUUUGUUUCUGUCAGUGGUUCUGUUCCAGGGCUUGGGGACCAUGGAUAGGAAUGGAAGCAGAGAAAUAUAGCUGUCCCAGUCUAGGUGUGAGACAGCUUCCUUCUCUGUAGACCCAGUGAUCCUUAAAUAUUAGAAGUUGAUUUUCUGAGACAGGACCAAGCAUCCAUAAAUAUCUUGGCAUGAUUCAAAAGCUAAAACUAGGAUGCAUUUAAUGUUUUAGAGCUGGAAAUAACAAUACACCACCUCACCUAUAAAACCUUGACAGGGCUUUCCUAGGACUAAGGGCUAUGUGAAGUCAAGGCAUGCAUCUUUCCUACCCACCGCUGUCAUUUUGAUAUCCCACACCCACAAGCACUGCCCAGCCCCGUCUUCACCACUGGAGAGAAGUGGUUCUUCUAUUGUUUGCUUAUGUGAUUUUUUUUUAGUUCUAUGAAUGUUAGAUUUUAGAGCUGAUAGUGGAUCAAAAUGCCCACUUAAAGGAAAAUAAAUGAUAGCAAUGUUAAAAUUUC